CCUGAGCGGAUUGUUUACUUUUCUUCUGACUCCGUUAAACACACAAAAACGUUAAUUUAGGAGCAUUUAAACGGGUCGGUUUUGGUGUUUUGACCGUUACAACGUUUAUGUGUCAGUCUUUAUCACGUUUACCGAUAUUAACCGGACGUUUUUGUGUGGUUUUUGGAGGAUAAAACGCCUCAUUUCCUUACCGAGAGAGAGAGAGGCAGAAAGUCAAGCGAACAUGUCCGCGGAGCUGCGGAUGUUCCCCGCCGGAGCAGCGGAGGGGUUCGGCGGCGUGGACCCCCGCAGCAGCCCGCCGGCAGAGAUGGAGACCCUGCGGAUGUUCGUUAACGAGCGGCUGACGGCGGCGGUGGACGACAUCCUGGGGCUGUUCGGGGAGACCGUGGCCCGGUACCGGGAGCAGAUAGACCGCCAACGGGGACAGCUGGACAAGCUGAGGUACGAGGAGGACAAGUGGAGCCAGGCAGACCCCGAGCAGACGUCCUGCUCGGUCAAACUCUGCCCUGAUGAUCCCAUCCGAAGCGUCCCGCUGGACCGGACGGGUGAGACCGACGCCGGCUUCUCCGCCGCUCGGAACAAAACCGAAGUCGGCGACGAGGACUGCGGAGCUUCUGAACCAACGAGCGACUUGGAUCCAGCCGGCAGCUCAGAAGCAGCGAGCGACGGCCGACAUCUCACCGAGUCAUCCUACACGGAAGACCGCGGCGACUGGGGAGAGGCGCCGGGACUUUGGAGACCAGAGGAGACGGAAGAAGAAGCUCCGGGACAAAAUUCAACUCUGGGCGGGAAGGCGCGCGUCUCCGCCCGAUCUGCCGCACACACCAGGCUCAGCCGGGACACGCCGUUCCAUUGCAGCGUCUGCGGCCAGAGCUUCACGCUGCGCAGUUGUUACUUUAAAUCUAAAGAGGAGAAGAAGACUUGGUAUUGGCACAGAUUUGUUUUACCUGAACUGGUCCUAGGUAGUACCGGCCUUGUCAGUACUACUCCAGUCCAGAUGGUGGUGGUAAUGCACCUGAAGCUGUAA